CGAUGGAGCGCAGCCCCCUGCUGGACGCUCGCCAACCACUGACGACGACGUUGGCGAACCGCUCUCGCCUCGGACGCCUCGAGAAGAUGGCCAUCGCCAUCGGCCUCAUCGCCGCCCUCUCGAUCGGCGCCGUCGUCUACUCGGCGCAGCACGCGUCGGUGGCGCCAGCGCUCGCCGCCAACACGGCUCCUGCCACGCCAACCAUGCCCACGGCCACUUCACAAGCGACGCCGGUGGGCGACUUUUCCGGCGACUUGCGCCAGCGCUGCGUCGAGUCGUACUACGAACAGACGCUCAACCAUUUUGAGGCGACGGCCGAAACGUACCAGCAGCGCUACUUUGUGUGCAGCGAGUUCUGGAACCAAGAAUCGCAUGGCCCCAUCUUCUUCUACGUCGGGAACGAAGCCGACGUCGAGCUGUACUUGAACCACACGGGCUUGAUGUGGGAGAACGCCCACGAGUUUGGCGCGCUCCUCGUCUUUGCCGAGCACCGGUACUUUGGCAAGUCGCUGCCGACGAACGCGACGCAGCGCCUCCAGCACCUCUCGUCCGAGCAGGCCCUCGCCGACUACGCCGUGCUGCUGCGGCACAUUCAAGCGGCGCACAAUGCCUCGUCGAGUGCGGUCAUCGGCUUUGGCGGCUCGUACGGCGGCAUGCUCGCGACCUGGUUCCGCCUCAAGUACCCGCACAUCGUCGACGGCAUCAUUGCAGGCUCCGCGCCCGUCCUCGCGUUCCUCGGCGAGACUCCGCCGACCAACGUCUCGGCCUUCUCGCAGAUCGUGACGUUUGACGCGACGCCGGACGCCGGCUCGUCGGCCAACUGCGCGACCAACGUGCGCCGCGUGUGGGACGUCAUCUUCAACGCGUCGAGAACCGAGGACGGACGGGCAGCGCUGCAGACACACCUUGGGCUCUGCGACCCGGUGGCCACCGAAGCCGACGGGCGCGCGCUCGCCGAGUGGGCCAAAGCCGCGUACGACUACCUCGCGAUGGGCAACUACCCGUACCCGAGCUCGUACAUCAUGAACGGCGUGAGCGUCCUGCCCGCGUACCCUGUCCGCGCGGCCUGCGCGCCGCUCGCGCCGUCGUUCCCGUCGACAGCCGACGGCAAUGUCGCGCUCUUGGACGCGCUGCGGGAGAGCGUCGGCGUCUACUACAACAGCACCAAGGACGUGCCGUGCUUUCCGAUGGGCCAGCCCUCCAACGAGAGCCAGAUCGACGGCGAGUUCUGGGACUACCUCUUCUGCUCCGAGCUCUACAUGCCCCAGGACCAGGGCAACGGCCUCGACAUGUUCUGGACGGUCUUGCACAACGUGACGGCCGACGCCGAGCGCUGCGCGGCCACGUGGAACGUCUCGAUGCGCCCCGAGUGGGCGACGACCGUCUACGGCGGCCGCAAGGCGCUCUCGCAUGCGAGCAACAUGGUGUUUUCCAACGGCAACUACGACCCAUGGGCCGGCAUGGGGGUGCUCGAGGACCUCAACCCGACGGUCGUCGCCGUUAAGGUCGAGGGUGGCGCGCACCACCUCGACCUCAUGUUUAGCCACCCGCUGGACACGCCCGCCGUGCGCCAAGCCCGCGCGACCGAGAAGGCCCACAUGUGGAAGUGGGUCCGGGAGGCCCAACCGUAG